UAGACAGUGUCCAAAGUCCACUGUCAGCAGAAGGCUGAAACCCCACCGUGCUCACUGCCUCGCUGGAGUCAACAGUAAAUUUAAAUUUAAAUUACAGUUUAAACAGUAAACACGAUGGAGAUUCCAGUAUUUACAGUGGACGCCUUCACUAAUUUACCAUUCAAGGGAAACCCUGCAGCAGUAUGUCCACUAAUGCACGAGCUGAGUGAUGAGUUGUAUCAGAAGAUCGCAGCAGAGAUGAACCUGUCAGAAACUGUUUUCAUCACCACAAUCAACCCCUCUGACACUUUCUCUACAGGAUCAAGGUUCCGUCUCAGAUGGUUUACACCGACCACUGAAGUGAAUCUGUGUGGUCACGCUACUCUGGCCUCCGCUGCAGUGCUGUUCCAGCAUAAGAAGAAUGUGAAUCCUGUAGUGGUGUUUGAGACCAGCAGUGGAGAUCUGGCGGUCACCAAGCAGAGCAAGGGCUACGUCAUGGACUUUCCUCUCAACCCGCCCACCCAGGAGGAUCCUAGUGAGUUCAGAGACAUCAUCAAGGCAGCAGUUGGGAACCACCCAGUUCAGGAUGUUUAUAUGAGCGACAACACUAAGAAACUGAUGGUUCGACUGGCUGACAGCUGUGACAGGUCAGUGCUAACCAGUCUGAAAGUCGACCCCGUCACUCUUCAGAGAAGUGAGAAAAGUGGAAGAGUCAAAGGACUCAUUGUCACCAUGAAAGCCCAGUCAGAACACGACUUCUACUCCAGAUACUUUGCUCCAUGGAAUGGAAUCCCUGAGGAUCCCGUCACAGGUUCUGCUCACACUGUCCUCGGUAGCUACUGGUCUGAGAAACUGGGGAAGAAGAAAAUGCUGGCUUACCAGUGCUCCAGUCGAGGUGGGGAGCUGGAACUUGAAGUGAGAGACGAUGGGAGAAUCAACAUCGCUGGACAAACUGUCACUAUUCUGCAGGGAACCAUCACACUGUAGUUACACACACACUCAAGCAAAGAGGGUUUGAGAUACUGAAACAGUCAACUUGUUCCUGAGAGUAGAAGAGGACACUGGCAACAACAUACAAGAAAACGCAUUAAACACUUUGUUAGGAUUUUUAUUAUUUAUUCAUACAUCACAAUGGAAAAAUCACAAUAUUGCACAUAAACAAAACAUGUAAAAUCAGAGAUUGUGCUGGAAGAAAAACGGAUCAAUCGAAGAAUCGCAGCUCGCCAGGUCAUCAGGAUGUUAUCUGAAAUGCUUUUUUCAUUGUAUUAAAAAAUUAAAUGAA